UCUUCCCUCCGCAGAUUAUCUGAAUAAUUUAUGAAGGUGGGCUAUACGUCAUCAUACUGCGACAGGCUAUAUUGCGUCACCAUCCGGCGACGUACUUCUGAAUUUGUAAACAUUUGCAAGCAACUGCUGGAGACUCAAGGGGAAAAACUCAUGGAUAAUCUUGUGAAGGUGCAUGGAGGAGGUGGCUAUGACUCUGACUUCAGUGAUGAUGAUACACAUGGAGAAUCCUCAGACAGAGGCCUUAAAAGGAAAAGUGAAGAGGAAAUCUUACAGAAGCCAUUCCAGAAAGGUCGGCACUCCCAGGUGGCUCACCGGAGUUUACAUUCUAAUGAAGUGGACAGAGAGGAAGCCAGGAACAGAAGAGCCCACCUGAUAUCACUGAAUGCUUUUGAGCGACAUAAGAAGUUUGUUGGUGACUACAUACUUUAUUAUGGAGGACAGAUGGCCGACUUCAAACGCUCUGCAGCUAAUGACAAAACAGAUCUGGAGGUGCUGCGUGAGAAUCAUCGCUUCCUCUGGAGGGACGAGGACGAAGAAGACAUGACGUGGGAAAAAGAACUUGCCAAGAAGUAUUACGACAAGCUGUUUAAAGAGUACUGCAUAGCUGACCUCAGCAGAUACAAGGAAAACAAGUUUGGAUUUCGUUGGCGGACUGAGAAUGAAGUUGUCUCAGGCAAAGGUCAGUUCCAGUGUGGAAACAAACGUUGUGAGAAGCAGGAGGGCCUAAAAAGCUGGGAGGUGAAUUUUGCUUAUGUGGAACACAGCGAGAAGAGGAAUGCAUUGGUCAAGCUCAGACUGUGCCCUGAAUGCUCUUUCAAACUCAACUACCAUCACAAGAGGAAAGAGGUGAAAGUAAAGACUAAGACCAAAAGGUUAUCGCAGGAGAACCAGGAGCCACCACAGAAGAAGAAGAAGAAGAAGAGGACGAGAUCGUCCUCGCAUUCCAAGAAGCACAAACACAAGAGGCACAGAGAUCGCUCUACCUCCUCCAGCAGCUCUGAGGAGUCACUGAACUCGGACAAAGACUCAGAAGCUGAGGAUGAACCAGAGGGCCAAUCGGAAGCCGACCACUGGCGAGGACCCGCCCCAGCGGUGGAGGAAAAGUCAAGGGAGGAGGAGUUUGAUGAGUACUUUGAAGACAUGUUCCUUUGACUCGGCUGCUAUCAGCGGCAACCCUGCUGUGACUACACUUCCUUCUGCGUUCUGUGUGUGUAGUUUUAUUUGACUGUAUGCUUCAUUACUGCUACAGAAAUAAACAUCAUGUUUACCCUG